AGUCUGUCUUUUCCCCUUAUUGGUUCAUCCUCUGUUUUUGUAGUCAAAUCUUUUUCUCCCUUUUGGAAAUUUCCGCAAAUGGAUAAACACAAUCUUGCUCCAAUAAAGAAAAGGAAAAUCCCAAACCCACAAAGGAAUCUUGAAAUGGAAGACGAAGAGACUUCUGAAUCAUCCGAAUCUUCUGAUCCUUCAUCGACAUCUGAGACUGACAGCAGCAAAAUGCCACUUCGUGGUGAGAAUGUGUACGAGAUACCCUCUUCUUCGCCAGUAAAGAAGAGGAAAGUCCAAGAAGUUGCUGCAUCUUCUGAUAUUUCAUCAAUGGAGGCCGAAACCUCAGCUAUCGAGAAAAUGGACAAAAGACCCACUUCUCCUCCUCCACAAAAGACUUUGGGAAUCCCACACGAUCACCCGAUGACAGGCAAAGAGCUUCUUGAAAUGACGGAGGGCUCCACUUCUCCCAAAAAAAAGAACAGGAUAAUCCCAGAUGGGGAUCUCCAAAUGAAAGCCAAAAUUUAUCUUGAUUCCCCUGGUCUUUCACCGGAGCCAGACCAAAACAGAGAACGAGAACGACAAAAACUAUUCAGGUAUUGCAAGGAAAACUACCCGAAUGCCUUGACCCUCAAGCUUUUUUACCUGUAUCCCUCUUCAGGUAUUGGAAGGAGAAUACUCUCUGCCGCUGUCCUCCACGAUAUCAUCCAUCGAUAUCACUGUCGUCGGUUACCCAUCAUCUUUCUCCUCAAAUCCAAUGUUGUUUCUCUUCUUGAAGAAGAAGAAUCGGAACCCGCUUUUGAGUUAUUGACCACGAUUGUCUCUGAUAUCGUCUUUCAGGUUUUUAAGACGGAAUAUGAUGGUUGGCCGGAGCUUCUUAGUUUUAUAGUUUCGUGCCUGGACUCAGACUCCCCUGAGCGUCAACGAUCAGGCCUUUUGGUGUUACAUAAAUUGCCCCAGAACGUAGGUGAUUUCUUUAAGCCCUAUCUUGAAACCAUCUACUUGGCAGUCUUGAGCCACUUGAGCUCGAAAAGAUUGGAGAUUCGGACAUUGGCAUUUGGUGCAUCAGUUACUUUUGUGCAGGGACUUAGAAAGCCUACUGACCAUUCUUGGAUCAACAAUAUCUUGAAUGCAAUGAGAAAGUCAUUGUCUGAAACAGAAUGUAAAGACUAUAAGGAUGUCAUAGAAGAGGGUCUUAAGAAGUUACUUGCCUUGUUGAAGGACGAGCAAGAAAUCUAUGCGCUGCAAGUGAGUUCUUUGUUUGAAUUUAUUCUUAAAAUUACAGAAAAGGAUUGGUUGAGAGAGGAUGCCAGGACUGUGGCAGUGGCAAUUUUUGUGGUGCUGAGUGAACAAUGGAGGAAGAAGAUUAUUUUAAAGCUAAGGAGCCUGGGUACUGAUAAGUUCCGCAGAUUUAUAUUAAUGUUAAUUCAAAUGAUAUCACAAAUUGAGGAUGAUAUCCACUUUUACAAUGUUAAGGGUGACGCUGACGGACAAUUACGAUAUUCGGGGAGUUUCAUUGCUGGAACUAGCUGCCUGGAGCAAAUUACUUAUGCGUUUAGAGGUGACAUGGUACCUGUAACUCUUGAACUUAUAGAACAGUUCCUUUCCGCCCAAAAGUGGCAGAGGCGCGUUGCUGGAGUCACUUGUAUCCGUAUAUUUUCACUGGUGAUGACUGACCAUCUUGAAUGACUGAUGACAAUGGUUUUGGAUUCAUCACAAGAUCCUCAUCAUCAAGUUCGUUUUGCUGCGGUGCAUGCAAUUACUACACUAAUGGAAAUGGAGGACAGUGUGUCUCGAUUACAA